UUUUUUUACUGAAAUUCAAAGCAAAUUCUUUGUAGAUUUAGCACACGGCGUUUUGAUGUCAUUGUAUGCAUGGUUGAUGAGAAAACGUAUACUGAGAUGGGAUCUUCAAAUAUUUUUGCGCCUCUCCAAAUGAAGUCCUUAAUUUAGCAGCCGCAUCUAGCUUGUAUCAGGGCAUGAGCCCGCGACCGCCAGGGAAAGAGCGAGGCGAGUACAAGUAAAGGGAGAGGACAGAGGGUGGGGAGCCUGAGGCUCGGCCCGAGGCCAAAGCCCGAGGAUAUGGAAGCAUGGAAGCGACGCAAACAAGCCGGCGCCGGGGGAGGGACACCCCCGCCAGCGAGGGUUCUUUGUCUUGCUGCCGGCGUCGCUCGACGAUCAUUGCUGAGUGAUUUGUUCAUUGUUGGCUACAGAUGCAGGGCAAGGUGGCAGCCCAACAACCUCAGCAUCAGCAGUAAUGAGUCAAAACAGAAUCCCAUGUGAAAUCAUCAUUGAGUUGUGCAUGACGAUGAACGUCCGAGACCUGUCGUCAAGAGUAAGGCUAGUAGGAAGUCUUCUGAACGAAUACGGUUCGCUACACGCUCACAUGUUAAAGGAACAGUAACAUGUCAUUUAUGCCCUAAGUCAAUUUCAACAAAGAAUUUCCCACGUCAUGUGAAAUCGAAACAUAGAGAAGCUUACUUAGAUGCUAUGAGAAAAAAUCCCCGUGGUGUUACUGGCUAUCUCAUAGAGAAGGCUAUUGUAAAAUCUCGUUCUACAAGGGAAAACGAUGACAAUGAGCCAGUCACUGUCAUUAUCACUGACAACGAGCCUGACAUUACUGCCAAUGCCGAAACACCGUUGGGACAGGGAUCCCCUAGUGUACUGAUACAUACUAUCGCAAGUGAGAGAAACGAUGUCAUGACAACUGAGAGAGACUCCGUUCAAUCAUCAUACCACGAGCACCCAUCUCCGGAUCGAAUUAAUCAAGUCUGUGAUAAUUAUCCCGGCCGCACGAGCCCCCCCGUAACUGUGACAGAUACCACACAAGAACGGGACACAGCGCAGAGCACGUCGACACCGACCGUACGGCUGCAGCAGGCUGAGUGUAUAAGUGAAGGUGGUGCUCAGCAGCCAGGUGUCAUGGGUGACGAUUUGGUUGAAUCCCAGAUGUUACGAGACAUACUGUGUGAAAUUCGUAUGCUAUCUAGGAAAAUCGAUAGUCACGACUCUGAAUUUGUUUCGCGCGCCUCUCUCAGGAAAGAGAUGACUGAGCUUGAGAAAAAAAAUUUCUCCAGGAGCAGCAAAGGCACGAAGUGCUGACACUGCCAAACAGUUUCCAUGGCUUCUCACUCGGGGUACAGGCUCAGAGGAAUUAGGAUUUUGUUCAACGUGCAUUGCUAAUAAGGCAACUGUUUCGGCCAUGCGAGGCCAGCAUAAAGCACUGCGUUGGACAACGGAAGGCGUUUCGCUAAAAAAGAAUAGACUUGAAAUUAUCGCUAGGCAUGCAGCCACUGCUGUUCAUAAGGCAUGCAUGCAGGUGCCUGAAGAGCGUGACAGAAUACAAAGCCUGUUUGGUUUACAGUGCGAGAAGCAUAAACGGCUAGAUGAUAAUCUGACAAGGGACAUGCUGAUGGCUGCAUAUCAUAACCUGCUAUUGGGGCAUUCUUAUGCUGCAUUUGAGUCACUUAUGAAUAGAUUGUUCUCAAAUAUGAUGUCUACAAAAGAAACAUUCUCACACAUUGAUUGGAACACAAGUCGUAAGGCUGCUGCCUCUGCAAUAGACGUUUUAUAUGAAGUGCUUCGAAAGUCACAUUGCAGUUUUUUAAAAUCUGUAAAUCCGACAACAGGACGUCUAAGACACUUCCACAUUAGUGCUGACAAAGUCACGGCUGAAAGAACGUCAAGACAGGUAGUUAAUAUAAGGUUUAUUGACGUGGAUGGUGCUCCCAAGGUAACAAACUUGUCAGUCGAUGUUAUCAGAAAUAGGGCUUCGGAGGCUGACGCAGCGGAAGGUGUCACGCACGAGUCGGACGCUGUUGGCUGUCUAGAACACAUAUGUGAUGUCCUGACAAAAUCAGUCCUAGAUCUUUCGCCUCGGAGUGUCGGUACAAUGUGCUUCUCCAUGAGCUCUGAUAAAGAAGCUGUUUAUGCAGGACAACAGUCCGGUGUAGCGGUAAGAUGGCGUGAAAGAUUCAAUAACAACGCAUUUCUGCAUUUGCUUGACAGAGCCCAUAAGGUAGAAUUAUGGACUGACAGUGUUUUUAGAAAAGACGAAUUUCAGUGGGCAAGAGUCUUCAUCAGAUCAAAUGUUGAUAAAGUGGUAGGGGCAAUUAAUCGGUCAUCAAAACUUAUGCGAUUGGCUCGAAGGAUCGAUCCCACAUUUACUGUUCUCUAUAGAAAUGUUGACACGAGAUUUAUUGAGUACACUGUACUAGCGAUUAAUUCAAUUAUCAAACAGUAUGGGAAUGUAGUUAUGACGAUAGAGAAUGAUGGGCGCCGUGAUAACGAUCCAGAUAAACUUCAAGCCCUAGAUGUCUUGUGCGAUAUCGAUUUCAUUCCUACCGCCCUGGUGCUGUUAUAUGUCUUAGAUAUUGUCAAGAAAGUCAGUAAAGCUGCACAGAAAGCUACUUAUUCUUUGUGGGAUGAUCGUAAAGCGAUAGAUGCGUGUCGUCUUGCUCUCCAAGAAGCUUGCGACGGCAAAUCCAAUCCUCUGAUACGGAAACACGGUAAAGAGUUCCGUAAAGGACGGUUCAACGGAUUCGACUUCGAAAACGUGAGCUUAUUAGUCACUUCUCAUAAACGGAGUACUAGAAUCGGGCGGCCUCGGGAUCGGUCGCUGGUUCUGCGUACCGGCAGAGAGCCCUACCGGAGCCGGCGCGGAGGCCACCGGCCAACACGGCAGCCGGCGCUGUGCGCGGAGGUGCGGGUGGCCGUGUUUGGUAACUCACACGCCAUCCGCGCCUUCGUGCACCCGAUCGCCGAGGACGCUUCCCGGCACAUCGGGCGGCACCGUCUCGACGUCAAGUGGGUGCGGCCGGACGGCGGCACGAUCGGUGGCCUCGGUGGCGGCUCCAGCGAGGACUGGCGUCGUCUGGACGCCGCCACCCAUGCUCUGGACGGGGUCUGGCCCUCCUUCGCAGUCAUCUGCGUUGGCGGGCCGGCCCUCGUCCCGAGGCGGGGUGACCGCGUCCAGGGAGCACCAGUGCCUCUGCUCGAGGACGCCGCCGGGGCCGCCGCUCGCGUCGUCUCCGGCAUGGAGCACUGGCUCAGCACCCUGGAGCUGGUGAUCCCAGGCACCCGCGCCGUCAUCCUAAGCGUCCUGCCGGAGAGGGACCUGUCGGCGGAGGCCCUGGACAUGUUCCGGGGCCUCAGCCUGACCCUCUGGCAGGUCGCCAGGCAGCGCGGGGCAGCCUUCCUGGACGUCGAGGCGGUCCUGCGCCGGGAUGUCGCCGGCAUGGCUCCAAGCUCCGCCACCGCCACCCCGGACCCGGCCGUGCUCCAGGGUGUCACGCCCGGCCACGCCUCCUCCCGCCCCGCCACCGACGACACGGCCCCGGGGCGCGGCACCAGCCGAGCGGCCCUCCAAGCCGCCAUAGGCCACCUACAGCUGGAGGCUGAGGAGGGCCUGCUACCCAACCGGCUACUCACGGCCUCGCGGGCCGUGGCGUCCGUCGCCACCGAGGUCCUGGAGGAGGCGGAGAGGGCGGCGAGGGAGGUGGCAGCGUGCCGAGCUGCCCUCGCCGAGGCCCAGCGCGCGCCGGUCCCGGACGUCGCCUGGGCCACGGGGUGGGUUCCCGGACGCCCGCCGCCGCCGGACGCCAACGCCGCUCCACCGGUCUCGGCGUUGUAUGAUGAUGACGGCGUCCACCUGACGCCGUCAGCAUACAGCGCCAUCAGGCGCGAGCUGGUGAGGCUGUGCCUCACCAGCGAGUAGGCCAGCGCAGUGCUGGCCUGUAGCCACGUGUCAAGUGUUUAGCUUUAUGUUUAUUUAAUCUUUCUCUAGCUUUAUGUAGUCCAGAUAUGGUCCAUUCUGCUGAUAUCAGGGAUUAGAGAUGUCAAUCAGAUACCAAUUUUUUGGUAUAACGAUACCAACCGAUACCGACUUGGUAUUUGGUAUUUCAAUCCAAAUGUGUUUGGUAUUUUUGUUUGUAUCAUGGAUCCUCGCUAAUGUGAAAGGGGCUGUGAAUUUGGUUAAAAGGUUGUAUUUCCAUCAUAUUUCCUAGUUGGUUCGGUCUCAGUAUUUUCCUACGGUUUUGGUUGGUAUUUGGUUUGGUAUCGGUAUUCAGAUUUUCUGUAACUGACAUCACUAUCAGGGAUACCUUCUAGAACAGAUGGUCUUCAUGCUAGUCCUUGGUUCCUUAUGACAAGUACAAAUCAUAUGAGGCGAAGGCUGUGAUGAGUAGUUGAUGUUCGUCAUAUUUUCUCCAGGAGCGUAGGUAAACAUAUUUCUGCUCAGGCGUAUUAAUUUGGGAUCUAAGUAGUUUCUCCUGCGUUUUCUUUUUUAUAAUCAUAACGUGAUCUUCUAAUGUCGUGUUAUGGGCGCCGAUGACCACUGCAGUCCGGACGCCCAAAAACCUCAAACCAUCGCCGUCAUCAUCAUCAUCAUCAUCAUCAUGGCUUCUUAUUCUCAGUGGCAUUUAUGAUGGGACCUUUCGUUCAGCUGAUGGCUGACCGCCCGGUGACGACCGUUUGUGUAGUGUUGUGCGACUUUGU